AUGUCAACUCAAUCAAAUGAAUCGUCAACUCAAUCAAAUGAAACAGCAACUCAGUCAACACAUGUAAAAAUUCAAGAGCCAAUGGCUACUGAAAAUUCAGACAACACGAGUGAUCAAGAACUACAACCUGAAACAAUUGGUACACCAGAAUCUGGAACUACACUUGGACAUCAUUCACCACAUUAUACUGAUGAUAAAUCAACUGAAGAAGCAGUCGCUAUAGGAAUCUUCAAAUCAGUUGUUGCAACAUUAAAAUCUUCAAUAGUAAAAGAUGUUUUACAAGCAUUACAAAAUCCAGAUACUAUCAAGAAUCAACCGCAAAAAUCACCAACAAUUAAAAUGGGUCAUGAUUCAAAUUCUACAAUUAAUACCAAAAAUGAUCAAACAAAUAUAAUUGACAGCAAUACAUCAACAAUUUCAACGAAUAAUCAUGAUGUAACUUCCACCAACUUAACUAAUAACAAUACUUCAACUACUUCAACUAAUUAUGUAAUUGAUAUAAACCAAACUUUUAAACAAAUGAAGAAUCAGCAGGAUGAUAAAAAAUGGGCAGCAUUAUUAGCUUCUACAAUUGAUGCAAUUGACUUUAGACAUUUGGAAAAUUAUCCACCAUUAAAUGAUGCAUUAUAUGAAAAAAGAAUAUGCAAAUAUUAUCAAUAUUUACAAACCAAGGAAAAUAAAUCACCAGAUGAGCAAGAUUUGAUUAAGAGACAGGCAAAUUAUCCUUCAGACAAAGUUAACGAUUUAUACCAGUUUUAUCGAUUUUUACAAAUACUAUUAAUUUUCAAAUACCAACAAUCGGUCCCUGAUUUCAAGUUGAAUAAUCAAAUUAGAACAGCUGCUACUGGAGUUAAAGAUAAAGAUUUAGACGAAAUUGUUCAUUUAAGCAUUAAAAAUAAUAUUUUGAAUUAUCAAAGUGUGAUUGAAUACAAGUCAUUGAUCGAAUAUGUUAGAACAGCAAUUAAAGAACCAGCUUCUGAAAACUUAUUAGAACAAGUCCAAUAUAAACUUAAAGAUCCAUCAUAUAAAUCACUUACAAAUAUCAAAUAUCAAAUUAUUCAUUAUAUAAGAUCAGAUCAUGCACGUAGAAUUACUAAACUAGAAUGGAUUCAUAUGUUAUCGUCCAUCUUCAAAACAUUUCCCACAUAUAUUAAAAAAGCAAUUGAUAUAUUAGAUAAUCAGGUCAAAACAGAUUUCUAUUUAAUACUUAAUCAUGAGUCAAAAGUUGAUGAAUUAAACGAGUUAAUUGACAUUGAUUUUGAAACACAAUGGCUAUACAUGGAUAAAGCCUUAACAAAAAUAUUGACUAUAGAGAAAGAAGACUAA